UCCUCCACCCAGCUGUAGAUCAGGAUGCAUGAAUGUUAAGAGAGGAUAGUGUCAGAAAUGAGAGAGGGAGGGGCGGGAGAGGUUGAAAUAUAAAAAGAGAAAGAGAGCGAAAGAGUGGAGGAGGCAAAGCGACAAGACACAAUAGGGCAGAGAGUGUUGGAAGCAGCACACUGGAGCAAACCGCUGUGUUGUGAUUAUGGAGUGAGCAUGGAGCGGCCGGACCACAACAAGGGGAGAAGGGAUUACACUGAGGACACGGCUUGCCUUGAAGCUUGAUCAAUAAAAGGGUUUGAAAUACGGAGACAAAGUCACCCGAAACCUUGAGGACAGUAUGAAGACAAAACAGACGGCGGACAACUAGCUCCUGCUAUUUGGACUGAAGACAAGAAGACAUCCUGCUGCAGGAUGAAGGAAAACACUCAGACCGAUGUAAUCGCGUGGAAACGCUGGCGCUCUCUCAAUUUAUAAGGCUUCGGAGUCAGCCAGACAGAGGAUGGGGAGACGAGCGGCUGAUCUGACAACUUCGGUGCCAGUUCUAGGUGUCCCUGCCCUGGUUGGGUUGCGUGGCUGGAGGACAACGGGAGGAGACAGAAGCCGAGGAGCCCUGCUGCAGACGUGGGGACCUCAGUGCAGCAUUGGUGUUCAGACGUCCCCAGGGAUCAACAGACCGUGCACCCAGCAGGGUGUACAGCUGACCGACACCCUCUCGACGCCAUCCCAUAGCGUUACUCAAACGACGAAGAGCUAUAUUACCAAGGAAACAGAAUACGAGGAGAUAUUACCGCUAACAAAGAGUGAUAAGGAGAAAAGAGCUAUUUUAAAACAGAAAAGUGGAGAAUCGAAGCCCAAAAAGGAAGUGACUUUCAAAGCACUUGGAGGUGAAGCCUCUGGGGAUGUGGCCUGCAGUCAGAGGAGCACUUGCGGGACUUAUUGCUAUGCCAGGGCAAUCAAGACCAACCCACACUUUGCAGUAACCAACGUAAGGCAGAAAUGGAAAUCUGCUCCCCGCUACGUGAAUGGCAGCGUGGUAGACUCCGAGGCCAUCGGCGGAAUUAGCGCUCAUGGUGACGAGGCAGAGCCUGCAAACUCUCGUGGGAGAGAGCAAGACUAUGCGGAGCGGUGCGGGAAGAUGCUGCCGUUAUCCGCCGCCCCGCCUGCUGGUAGGACAAAACGAAUAUGUGGUCAUUGCGGUGGCAGACGGUCUUUAACCACCGGAGCUGGGACUUUGGUCGCGAACAGCUCCACUGUCGACGCUUGUCUCGGAGUGAAGCCGUCAAAGUCCCCCACCACGCACGUCCCGGGAGCCCACAUUGAGAAAAACGUUCUGUCGAGCCAUCGCGACACUUCGGGUUGCGUCACAAACACAGACAAAAGAACACACGUUAAUCCACAACCGUUAUGUUUUAGUGAAGAACUAGAGCGCGAAAAAGCGCCACAGCCAGCAGGCCCCGUGCACUGCAGGGGCAACCCGGUUCCUUUGUCACAGACGUAUGCCUCCAUCGAUGCAACAUCACCUCAGCCCACUGCCAUCCUACAUGCUAAAACCAUCACUGUCACCAAAGCGACUAUUGAAACCCGACAAGAGGAGGCUUCUCCAAAAUCAUUUGCCAAACCAUCCCGGGAUAAUAACAUCUCCCGGCCAUCCAGCCUCAUGUUGACUCCACAGAUGGCCACGGCAACCAAACCAAACCACCCACAUUCCCACACUUAUCCUAAGCACCUCCGGAUAUCCCAACCCGACUCUACACAGCAUAACGUGCCUCAAAAUGUUUGCGUGUCUGUGCACGCUACACCCGAAGAUGCUACAUUGACACCUUUUUGUUCGGAGACUGUAGGGGCAGGUGCUGGGCCAGAAGCCCCAACCAUUCGCGACAUGAUCGAAACAAUUAAAUGCUUCAGUACUGCACCGAUGUCCACUGAAAGGAUGCCCGCAAAAGUUGCUCAAUGUGAAUCACAAGCAAUGGAUGUGAACGCAGCAACAAAAACAACUUAUAGCCCACAAACGUGCCCUAAAUGUCCCAACCUGGAACUGGCAGCCAAUGCAUCAGAAUCUAUGAAUAAACAGGGAGCGGCUGCGCGACUUUCCCUCGCAACUCAAUCGUGUACCUCACGCGCUUCAGAUCCUCCGACGCAAGAAAAGCCGUCCUCAAACGUAGGCGGCCAAUCACCAGGUAAAGUUUAUUUUGCUACCCCUGAAAUGGCCUCAACUGUAUUCCCCACACCGCACACAACGACGCCACAUCAGAUUCUCAGUCCCCUUGUCCCAGGAAGCCCUUUAAAUCAUAACUUCAAUUCAGAUCACAUCAGCACUGAACAUAAAUCUGUUGCAACAGACAUUUUUCAACAGAAUUUCUCCAAUUCUGAGCCCGCACUUUGUGUUUCCACAGCGUCUGUAAAUACAAUGCAUGGAAGGGCAGCAAAACCCCUGGACUCAAAAGCUAAGCUGCUUCCGAGUUCGGCUCCCAGAUCCACAUCUACGCCCAACGGCGCUCUGUACGAAAAUAAAGCCCUCAGGUAUUCCUCAAUCAAUCUGAAAUGUUCACCAACCAAAGCCUCCGCCUCUUCGUCUGCAUUGACAGCGAGCCAAAGUAAUGUUUGCGUAUCAGGUACAUCAUCACGUCGGUCAGCAGACACAACGCAACGCGUCAAAGAGCUCAGUCGUAACGAAGCGCCUCUUGUACAUCGACCUGAUCGUACAGACAGGAGGGUCCGUAAUGAAUCUGGUGCGUCUCCGGUCGUCUGCAGUCAGGAAAACAACUCUGUAACAGCUCCAGUUGAAUUAUCUGGGCCGCUCAUCGUGUCAAUAAAUCCCAACACAGCCAGUGAUACGAGCACCCAGCCUCCUAAAUCAACCGAUGCUGAAGCUGAUGAAAAUAUAUUCAAUGGUGAUCUACUCAUUGAAUUAGUUGUGUGUGAGUCAAAUGGCCAUGGAGAUUCAAAUCUGUCCCGGGUCACCAACCUUCAAAAUUACAUUUCCCUAAUGAAGUCAAGCAGCUCUGGUCUGCAGGGUUGCAUAAACGCAGAACAACGAAGGCUUGCACAUUGUCAAGGAUACACAGAGACAGGACACGAGGGACACUGCGCUACAUCCCCACCAGCAAAAACAGCCCAGGAGACACAUUCAAAUGCAGAACAGUUUACCUCGGAAGACUCAGCCAGGCAUGCAGGCAUUAAGCUUGAUUCCACUGCAUUCAAACAGGUCCUCCCCGAAUUCCCAACACCCCCUCUCAAAGGGCAAACUAACUUUGAAGACACCGGUGCGCGUGUCGAGCAGAUUCCCGAACCUUCAGUGCACAAAAACUCAGAGUUGGGCUCCUCACCCCUACAGCAAGCACGCACAAGUCUGACGUUGUCCUUCACUGCAGCGGGCCCUGAACGCUGUUCCACGUCGCCGUCAGCAACAAUGCACAUGGCAUCCCAAAUCGUCGGACCGCAUCCGGAGUUUAGCCCUGCUCCCGCUCAGCCGGGCCCGGAGGACACAGGAAACAAGGCCCCCCCCCGCCCCCCAGCGACAGCGGGCCUGUUGCGGCCUUCCUCCCCACAGUGCCGUAGAUCUGCGGCCCUGCAGCAAAGGCUGGAGUUGGUGGAGGCCAGCCUGGCAGCCAACAAGAGCAGGAUCACUACCUUGCUUAAUAUUAUCCAUGAUCUGGAGAUGAGCCACACUCCCACUGGCGGGCGCUGCUACAAAACUGGACAGGAGCUCACAAACUGCUUAACCUGCCAGAGGACUGCUUGCAUUGUCUACAGUGUGGAGUAUGACUUCAGGCAGCAGGAAAGACGAUUCUCUGAAGUUGUGAAUCAUCCAGCAAGAGGAAAUAAUGCUUACUCCGCGCACCUAUCCCAGCCCCUGAACUUAAGCCUGCUCCGAAAUGCUGUUAUUAAGAAUUUAACAAAGUCAAAGGUGAGAAGCAAAAAGCUGUGCAAGACCCUGUUCAAGUGGCUGCCCAGGAAAAUCCAGCAAAUGUAAUCCUCUAAACAAUCCCUGUGGGCUGUUUCAUUAACCGCCGUGAGCCAAGUGACCAGCACAAACCUUCACAGAGGACUCUUACUAUUCCUUCCCCACCCAUAGAGGGAGAUUACCUUUGAAUUAGUCUCUUACCAGGUAGAAUUCUGCUCUCCUGCACAUUGUUAACGUUUAUUACUAUGAUUUGGUACUGAAAUCUUCCCCUGAACUUUGUGGACUUUAACUAGUUAUAUCUAAAAGGAAUUAUUUAUUUUAUUUUUGAAAGUUCAUGUUAUUUUGUUGUCACACUGCCUGCUUAAAAUGUAUGGCGGACCACAGCCACAUAUCUCUUUAUAUCAAAGCUCUGUUUAAUGCAAUAUGAACUACCGUUGAUGUUACAUUUUACCUUCGAUUGUCCCCUUUACCUGCAUCUCCUGGGACUAAAUGUGCUGCACAAAAGACCUUUUUGAAUGAAAUCCCUUUGAAAUGCAAAAAUAAAUCAGAAUUUGCUGAUUGUUCUGUAAAUAUGUUCUAGUAUGGCCCAAAGUGUUGUUUUAUUCACAAUGCUCAGCUUCUUUUUGUGCACAUAAUGAUGAAAUAAAGAAAAUGUU